UGAGAGUCCAGUGCCUGUUUGCUCACAAUUCCAUGGAAGGAAAGAAAUGCUGUCUGUGCAGGAGUAGGGAUGGAGCACAUUUCAGCUUUUCCACCUGUGGCACAGCUGGAUCAGUGAGAGAAGAUAAAAGCCAGAAGAUCAAAUCAGUUUGGACAGGAGAACUGAAAGUGCAGGAGAUCCUUGUUGACGAUGGUGGUGGCUGGAGGCAGCACUGUUGAAGAUUUUAUCAUUUACAGACAAGAUCUCUGAAAUCUGUUUCCUUCAGACAGCAAAGGAAGAAGAGGCUUUAUCACAACAAAACGGGCAAAAACCACAAAGACUUGAAGAAACAGCACUUCUCUAAUUCUUCCCAAAAGUUCUGAGAACCACCAAAUCCUAAAGGAUUCCAUCCACCAGUCUUCCUGAUUUCAGAUGUGAGUGGGGUGCAGGAGUUCCUCAGAUGAGGGCUGGAGGGAGGCAAGGAGCCAGCCCCAAUGGACAUAGCCCAUCAUCCAGAGCACCACAGGAGACUGUCUAAAGCAAAGCUCAAAGUGCAGCAGCAAUUCUAAAAAAACCUAAAAGAUCCCCAAGAUAACUUGAAGCAAGACCAUGAGAAGCAAUGUAGCUUGGAGUGAACAAGAUGAACAGACCCACCUUCAAUCUAAUGCUUAAUGAGGAAAAAGGCGGGUUGGUUGGAGCCAAGGAGUCAGCAAAGAAACUCAAGAAGACAACUUGGAUCAUGACCAGAAGAUAAAAAGAAAACAAAAAGAAUGUGGCAUAUAAAGGGUGUAAUACCUGGAGGUAUUGGAUCUGACUCAUGUUUAUGAAAAUGAGACAAGCUUUCACAAAACACAAGUUAUCUUAGACAGUCAUCAAGCUUGGAGCCAUCAUGCUGUUGAACUAGAAAUUCUCCUUUUCCCCAUUCUCCUUUCUGACAGACUCACAAGCAGAAACAGGAAAAUGAAUGGUGGGAAGGAGUGUGACGGAGGGGACACGGAUGGAGGGCCACCAGCAGUGCAAGUUCCCGUUGGUUGGCAGCGGAGGGUGGACCAAAGUGGAGUUCUCUACAUCAGCCCCAGUGGGUCUUUAUUAUCCUGUUUGGAGCAGGUGAAGACUUACUUGCUGACUGAUGGAACGUGCAAGUGUGGCCUAGAAUGUCCUCUUGUUCUUCCCAAGGUCUUUAAUUUUGAUCCUGGAGCUGCUGUGAAGCAGAGAACUGCUGAAGAUGUUAAAGCGGACGAAGAUGUCACCAAACUAUGCAUUCACAAAAGGAAAAUUAUUGCUGUGGCUACACUUCAUAAAAGCAUGGAAGCACCACAUCCUUCACUGGUUCUAACUAGUCCUGGUGGUGGAACAAGUGCAACGCCGGUAGUUCCCACUCGAGCAGCAACCCCGAGGUCGAUGAGGAAUAAAUCACAUGAAGGAAUUACAAAUUCUGUGAUGCCGGAAUGUAAGACUCCUUUCAAGCUGAUGAUGGGGGCAUCUAAUGCCAUGGGUAGGCUUUAUGUGCAAGAAAUGGCUGGAAGCCAGCAAGCAGAGCUCCACCCUGCCUAUCCCAGGCAGAGAUUGGGGAGCAGUGAGCUGGGGCAGAAGUCUCCGUACCGCGGCAGCCACGGGGGGAUGCCCAGCCCGGCCUCCUCGGGCUCGCAGAUCUACGGGGACGGCUCCAUCUCCCCCAGGACUGACCCUCUGGGGAGCCCUGAUGUCUUCACCAGGAGCAAUCCCAGUUUCCAUGGAGCACCCAACUCCAGUCCCAUCCACAUGAGCAGGACGCCUCUGUCCCCGCCGUCGGUCAUGCUCCACGGCUCUCCCAUACAGUCAUCCUGUGCAAUGGCUGGAAGGACUAACAUACCUCUGUCCCCCACCCUGACCACCAAGAGCCCAGUCAUGAAAAAACCCCUGUGUAACUUUUCAGCUGGUAUGGAAAUACCACGAGCAAUGUUCCACCAUAAACCCCCCCAAGGCCCUCCCCCGCCUCCUCCGCCUCCUUCCUGCGCUCUUCAGAAAAAGCCAUUACCAUCCGAGAAGGAUCCUCUUGGCAUCCUGGACCCCAUUCCCAGCAAACCGGCCAACCAGAACCCCGUGAUCAUCAACCCCACCACUUUCCACUCCAGUGCCCACUCUCAGGUACCCGUGAUGAAUGUAAGCAUGCCCCCCGCCGUGGUGCCCCUGCCCAGCAACCUGCCCCUGCCCACCGUCAAACCCGCCCACGUCAACCACGGCGCUCACCUCCAAAGGGUUCAGCACUCGGCCGCCACCUCCCUGUCCCCGUCGCCGGUGACGUCCCCCGUUCACAUGAUGGCGCCCGCCAUCGCCAGGAUCGAGGCUUCUCCCCAAAGAUCGCGCUCUUCUUCCACCUCCUCCGAUCACGGCAACUUCCUGCUGCCUCCAGUGGGGCCGCAGUCGGCCUGUGGUGGGAUCAAAGUCCCUCCCAGGUCCCCGAGGUCAACCAUCGGGUCACCGAGGCCAUCCAUGCCAUCCAGCCCUUCCACCAAGCACGAUGGACUCAGCCAGUACAAGGACAUCCCCAACCCGUUAAUUGCUGGAAUGAGUAACGUGUUAAAUCCUCCAAACAAUGCCGUUUUUCCCGCUGCGUCGGCCGGAAGCGGUUCCUUGAAGAGUCAGCCUGGUUUGCUGGGAAUGCCUUUAAAUCAGAUCUUGAACCAGCACAACGCUGCCUCUUUUCCAGCGAGCAGUUUACUCUCAGCAGCAGCCAAAGCACAGCUAGCAAAUCAAAAUAAACUUGCUGGUAACAACAAUAGCAGCAGUAGCAAUUCUGGAGCCGUUGCCAGCGGCGGCAGCACCGAAGGACACAGCACUUUAAAUCCCAUGUUCCCUCCUGCUGCCAACGUGCUCCUCCCCACCACGGAGGGGCAGAGCGGCCGGGCAGCACUGAGAGAUAAACUCAUGUCUCAGCAAAAGGAUCCUCUGAGGAAAAGGAAGCAGCCGACCACCACGGUGCUGAGCUUGCUGAGACAGUCCCAGUUGGACAGCUCUGGGCUUCCCAAAGCUGGCUCCGAUUUGAUAAGAAAGCCCGGUCAAAGCUCCUUCCCCAUCAGCUCCAUGUCGCAGCUCCUGCAGUCCAUGAGCUGUCAGAGCUCCCACGGCAGCAGCAAUAGUUCCUCGGGCUGCGGGGGCUCCAGCAGCGCCCUGCCCUGCCCCGGCCCCCAGCUGCAGCUGGCAGAGCCCCCCCUGGGCCCUGGCAGCGCGGUGCCCCCGGGGCUCCCCCUGCGUGGGGAGGGGCUGCCCUGCCCCAACCCCAGCCCCAGCUUCGGCCCCGGCGCCGCCCCGGCCCCCUCCAACCACCUGGCCGGGCUGCUCAACCAGAUGCAGGCCAGUGGGGGCUGUGGGAUGCUCCCCCAGGCAGGAAUGGCCUUAGGGAACUCCUUCCAUCCCAGCCCAGCCCAGGCCAGGCUCCAGGCACCCCCCACGCCCGGGAUCCCCAACAGCAUCGGCAGCAGCUGCAGCCAGAGCAGCCCUGAAGCAGGGGCUCUGGGCCCGUCGGCGUCGAUAGCCAUCGCUGGCACCAGCCAAGCUGCCAUCACCAAGACCACAUCUGUGCUCCAGGACGGUGUCAUUGUCACCACUGCAGCUGGGACCCCUCUGCAGCAGGGCCAGCUGCCCGUGGGGGGCGAGUUCCCCUUCUCUGGCCACGAACACUCGCUCCACUUCCCGCAGAACAGCUCUUCAAACAACAACCUGCCACAUCCUCUGAAUCAGAGCCUCCUCAACUCCCUGCCUCUCUCUCUGCCGGUGAAUCAGCAGCAUCUCCUCAACCAGAACCUCUUAAACAUCCUCCAGCCCUCAGCAGGAGAAGGCAAGUCUGAGGUGAACCUCAACCCUUUAGGUUUUCUGAACCCGAACGUCAGCGCUGCUUUGGCGUUCCUGUCCGGCGACGUGGACGGGCAGGUGCUGCAGCCCGUGCACUUCCAGCUGCUGGCAGCCCUGCUGCAGAACCAGGCCCAGGCAGCUGCCAUGCUCCCCGUGCCGUCCUUCAACCUCACCAUCUCCGAGCUGCUGCAGCAGCAGAACCCCCCUGCUCCCCCCGCCCCCCCCCCCCCCCCCCCCCCCCCCCCCCCCCCCCCCCCCCCCCCCCCCCCCCCCCCCCCCCCCCCCCCCCCCCCCCCCCCCCCCCCCGCCCCCGUGCCCUGCUUCGGGGGCUCGGACGCCUCCAGCCCGCUGCUGCUGCCCGCCGGCCCCGCCGCCCCCGCGCUGAUGGCGCUGAACCCGCAGCUGCUGGGGGGCGUGCUGGCCUCGGGCAGCCACCCCGAGGUGGCCAUCGCCACCUCCUCUCAGGCCACCGCCACCACCACCACCACCACCUCCUCGGCCGUGGCCGCGCUCUCGGUCUCGGUGUCCAUGGCGGAGACGCUCCUCAACAUCUCCAGCGCCGCGCCGGGGCCGCCCAAACUCAGCAACAGCUCCGUGGUGCCGCAGCUCCUGAACCCUCUGCUGGGCACAGGCCUGCUGGGGGAAAUGUCAUCUCUGAACACUACUCUGAACAACCAUCAGCUCAGCCAUCUGCAGUCACUCCUCAACAACAAUCAGAUGUUUCCUUCAAAUCAGCAGCAGCAGCACCUUCUCCAGGGCUACCAGAACGUGCAGAGCUUUCAAGGCCAGCCCCAAAUUCCUGGCCCAGCCAACAACCCAAACCCCAUGGCGUGUCUGUUCCAGAAUUUCCAGGUGAGGAUGCAGGAAGACGCCGCCGCCCUCAACAAGAGAAUGAUCACGCAGAUGGGAAUGGCGCCGGUUGCCGAGAGCUCCAACGCUCUCCUGCCUCCCUUCCAGGAGCCCCCCUGCGAGCUGCAGCCCAGAGCUGAGCCAGCCCUGGGCCAGCAGGCCAAGGAGAACCCCAACCCCGGCGCCGGCGACGCCUCGGUGGACGCCAUCUACAAGGCGGUGGUGGACGCCGCCAGCAAGGGCGUGCCGGUGGUGAUCAGCACGGCCGGCUCCAGCUGCGCGCAGCCGAGCCCCCUCCCCGCCCUGAGUGCCAUGAGUGCCUUCACAGCCUCCAUCGGGGA